AUGGGGACACUCGCGGCGAAACUUCUCCUGCCGACCCUCAGCAGCCUGGUCUUCCUCCCCGCCGUCAGCAUCGCUGCCAGGCGGCGGUUCCACAUGGAGGCCAUGGUCUACCUCUUCACCAUGUUCUUUGUGGCGCUGUACCACGCCUGCGACGGGCCCGGCCUGUCGGUGGUCUGCUUCAUGCGCCAUGACGUCCUGGAGUACUUCAGCGUCUACGGGACAGCACUGAGCAUGUGGGUCUCGCUGAUGGCGCUGGCCGACUUUGACGAACCUAAGAGGUCGACCUUCGUGAUGUUUGGUGUCCUGACCAUCGCGGUGCGGAUCUACCAUGACCGCUGGGGCUAUGGGGUGUACUCGGGCCCCAUCGGCACGGCUGUCCUCAUCAUUGCCACAAAGUGGCUGCAACAGAUGAAGGAGAAGAAGGGUCUGUACCCCGACAAGAGUGUCUACACCCAGCAGAUCGGCCCCGGCCUCUGCUUCGGGGCACUGGCUCUCAUGCUGCGCUUCUUCUUCGAGGACUGGGAUUACACCUAUGUUCACAGCUUCUACCACUGUGCCCUGGCCAUGUCCUUUGUCCUCCUGCUACCCAAGGUCAACAAGAAGGCCGGAAGUGCAGGGCCCCCCGCCAAGCUGGACUGCUCUACCCUUUGCUGUGCUUGUAUCUGA